CCCCGUUCCCAUUCGGCCAUUCCACUUCCCCUCCCAAUCCUUCAUGCGCCUCGCGCUCCUCCUUUUCUCCUCCUCCCUCGUUCCCAAACCCCGAUCCCCUUCUAAAACCCUCCUCCUCCUCCCCUUCUCCUCCGCCGCCGCCGCCGCCGCCGCCGGAGCAGCAGAAGGGAUGGAUUCCUCCGCCUCCGCCUCCGCCUCCGCCUCCGCCUCUUCGGUGUCCCUCCGCGAGGCGCUUGCGGAGAAGCAGGCCGCGGUGGACGCGCAGGGCGACGCGGUGCGCGCCCUGAAGGCCCGGGCGGGCGCCGGCAGGGCGGAGAUCGACGCCGCCGUGGACGCACUCAAGGCCCUGAAGCUCGAGGCCGCCGCCCUCUCCCGCCAGAUCCAGUCCUCCGCCGCCGCGGCGGUGGCGGGGCGCGAGGCGCUCCGGCAGGCCGUGGUGAACACCCUGGAGCGGCGGCUCUUCUACAUCCCCUCCUUCAAGAUCUACCGCGGCGUCGCCGGCCUCUUCGACUACGGCCCCCCCGGCUGCGCCGUCAAGUCCAACGUCCUCGCCUUCUGGCGCCAGCAUUUUGUGUUGGAGGAGGGAAUGCUGGAGGUGGACUGCCCCUGCGUUACGCCGGAGGUCGUCUUGAAGGCCUCCGGCCAUGUGGACAAGUUCACGGACUUGAUGGUUAAGGAUGAGAAGACCGGCACGUGCUAUCGGGCCGACCACUUGAUCAAGGACUUCUGCAAGGAGAAGCUCGAGAAGGACGCGGCAUUGCUGCCGCCGGAGAAGGCGGCAGAGUUUCAGCACGUUCUCGCCGUGUUGGAUGAUCUCUCCCCUGAGGAGAUGGGCGCGAAGAUAAAGGAGUACGGGAUUACUGCUCCCGACACUAAGAACCCGCUGUCGGAUCCCUACCCUUUUAAUCUUAUGUUCCAGACGUCCAUUGGUCCGUCGGGUUUGAGUCCUGGAUAUAUGAGACCGGAGACAGCGCAGGGAAUCUUUGUGAACUUUAAAGACUUGUAUUACUACAAUGGUAACAAACUUCCGUUCGCAGCUGCGCAGAUCGGUCAGGCGUUUAGGAAUGAGAUAUCACCCCGUCAAGGUCUCUUGAGGGUCCGUGAAUUCACUCUGGCUGAGAUUGAGCACUUUGUUGACCCCGAAGAUAAAUCUCACCCAAAGUUUGGUGAUGUUGCUGAUUUGGAAUUCUUGAUGUUCCCAAGGGAGGAGCAACUCACAGGGAAAUCUGCCGUAAAGAAAAAACUUGGAGAAGCUGUCUCUAAGGGAACCAUCAACAAUGAAACUCUUGGCUACUUUAUUGGAAGGGUUUACCUUUUCUUGACUCAACUUGGAAUUGACAAGGACCGUCUGCGCUUCCGGCAACAUCUACCAAAUGAGAUGGCUCAUUAUGCUGCUGAUUGCUGGGAUGCGGAAAUUGAGUGCUCGUAUGGCUGGAUUGAGUGUGUUGGUAUUGCUGAUAGGUCCGCAUACGACCUACGGGCUCACUCGGAAAAAAGUGGUGUACCACUUGUUGCGCAUGAGAAGUUUCCAGAACCUAGAGAGGUUGAGAAAUUGGUUAUAACCCCGUCAAAGAAGGAGCUGGGACUAGCAUUUAAAGGCAACCAGAAGAUGGUGAUUGAAGCAUUCGAAGCCAUGAAGGAAACUGAAGCUUUGGAAAUGAAAGUCGCUUUGGAGUCCAAAGGGGAGGUUGAAUUCCAUGUCUGCACUCUCAACAAAAGUGUCACCAUAAAGAAAAACAUGGUAUCUAUUUCAAUGGAGAAGAAAAAGGAACACCAAAGGGUUUUUACACCUUCUGUAAUUGAACCAUCUUUUGGCAUUGGGAGAAUAAUAUACUGCCUUUUUGAACACUGUUUCUACCAACGGCCAAGCAAGGCAGAGGAUGAGCAGUUGAAUGUAUUCAGAUUCCCUCCACUUGUUGCUCCCAUUAAAUGCACGGUCUUUCCGUUGGUGAAAAUUGAGAAGUUUGAUGUUGUUGCCAAAAAGAUUUCGAAAGCGUUGACAACAGCUGGUAUAUCACAUAUUAUUGACAUUACAGGUACUUCAAUAGGUAAACGGUAUGCUAGGACGGAUGAGAUUGGUGUUCCCUUGGCUAUCACUGUGGAUUCCACAACGAGUGUGACGAUCCGUGAUCGGGACAGCAAGGAGCAGAUCCGUGUAGACAUCGAAGAGGUUGCUUCAGUUGUCAAGGAGGUCACGGACGGGCAAAGUACGUGGGCCGACGUGAUGUGGAGGUACCCAACACAUGCCGUCUCCCACACAGAUGAGGAACCCGCAGAUGAGGAAUGAAGAGAGUUAUCGUAAACAUUUAAUAUAAGGUGAGCUAUUUCCUCACUGAGAUGUUUUUUUUUUAAAAAAAAAUAGGAGAGACUCAAUGCAGAACAUCAGAAGGGACAGUAGAAUCUCUUUAUUAGUAGCGGCUCACCUUACUUUUCUUUGUAAGAUUUUGUGUUGAGUCUCUUGAUGUGAUUCUUCGACAUACUUGUACUUUAAUAUGCAACUCUAGUGAUUUACAUCAUUCAUAUCUGCGUAGGAGUAAUUCAGCUUUGUGUCUUCGAAUAUUGAGUGCAUUUGCAACCUUUGAUUCGGCAUUCAUGUUCUAAUAAUAUUGUCCUUUUUAUAGC